CCCUAGUAACAGGUUGCGAGAUCCAACGGAGUGAGAGCCCCCACCCAACGCUCAGUGAAGAACGCAGCCCAAAUUCGAAACCCUAGCCAUGUCGCUGGUAGCAAAUGAGGAGUUUCAACACAUUCUGCGUAUACAGAACACAAAUGUAGACGGAAAGCAGAAGAUCAUGUUCGCCAUGACCUCCAUCAAGGGUAUCGGCCGCCGUUUUGCCAACAUCGUCUGCAAGAAAGCCGAUGUCGACAUGAACAAGAGGGCUGGAGAGCUAUCGAAUGCUGAAAUUGACAGCUUGAUGGUUAUUGUGGCGAACCCACGUCAGUUCAAGAUCCCAGACUGGUUCUUGAACAGAAAGAAGGAUUACAAGGAUGGCAAGUUUUCUCAAGUUACAUCCAAUGCUUUGGACAUGAAGCUUAGGGAUGAUCUCGAGCGCCUUAAGAAGAUCAGGAAUCACCGUGGGCUUCGUCACUACUGGGGUCUUCGUGUGCGUGGACAGCACACCAAGACCACUGGUCGCAGGGGAAAGACUGUUGGUGUCUCCAAGAAGAGAUAGAUCGUUUUUGUCUUUCUAUAUUAUUACUACUAUGGAGAUAACUUUAUGUUUUGCGUUAGCUGCCCUUUAUCUAUUAUGAUAUUAUAUGUACUGAGUUCGGUGAUCCUUCGUGUUUUGGAUUCAAUUUUCGGAUAUUAAUUUUGUUAAGUCUUGUCUGUCUUGGUUUUACAAAGUACCUUUUGCUAAAGGAUCAAUGAGUUUGAAACAUUAUUUACCAUUUUUUGUUGGUCGGAUGGUUUUGCAUUUUGGGUUCGAUUUUUAUUGA